AUGGAAGCUCAAACCGAAGUCAAGAACACAGGGGCAACUCCAAAGUCGAAGUCGGAGGCUGGAAUCGCUCGCGAGAAGCGGAAGAAGCAGAACCAGAAAGCGCGUCGCAAAGCACAGGCAGAGGAAGUGGCCCAGGGCCCCGCGAACGAGGGAGGGAGAGCCGAACCGCAGCAGAUCGUCAAGAACAUCCCGGCCGGGAGCGAAGUUGGCAGAACUGGACCUGUCAGACGCCACAAGAAGGCCCGGUUUGCGGCUCCCGUCUUUGCGGCAGACAACAUUCUCCGCGUCGAGUCGGCGUCUCAAUGGAAACCGGCGGCGCUGAAGCCCGGCAAGCAGCUGGUUGAGUUCGGCGCAGCGUUCGAUGUGAAUGACUCGCACCUGAAGGACCUCGCGAGCGCAAGCCCAGCCUUCCGCUCCGGCCUGCGCGCCAUCUACGCCGGAGGCGACGGGGCCGCCAGCCGCACCUCCGUCACCGACGAGACGCUGCGCGCUCUAGUUGACGCGCGCGUCUGGACGAAUCUCCAGCACAUCCGCCUCCUCGGGUCAACGGGCGGAUCCACAAACGGACUGACGGGUCUCGUGAAGAGCCCACCGAUCCAAUCCAUCAUCAUAUCGGCCAAGUCGCGCGAUUACAUGAGCGGCAUGUCCGUCUUGCCGCUCAUGCAGUCGGACAGCCGGACGCUCAAGUAUCUCGAACUCGUCAACUUCGAGGUUGAUGACUCGAUCGAGCAGUUCUUGCCGACGCUGACGAAGAUGAUUCCGGGCCUGGAAUUCGUGUUUGGGACUGGGAAGAAUGUGGCUGUGUUUCGAAACGGAAGUGUGGUUGUGUAG